AUUUGAAGUCAUUUCGGCUCGAAACUCUGUUUGUAUUUUAUGUCAGUAGAGGAUUAAGGUGAAAGUAAAUGGAAAACAUUGAAGAUAAAUUGCAGGCAUAUCGUCGUAGAAAAAGACGCGAGGAAACAUUUCAGCGAUUUAAAGACAAAGUUCGGGGAUUUCUGAUGCCCAACCAAAAGAGCGAUGACGAUAAAUCUGCCCCCAUAUACGUGGCUUUAAGUGAACCGAGCGAACUUUCAAGUUCUGCUGAUGAUUCUGAUAAAAAUGAGGAAAUAUUAAACGAUCAAUGCAAUGAUAAGAUUGUUGCAGUGGAUCCGACGAGUGAUAAAAAAUUCAAAUACUUGUUGCGGGCAGUUUACUUAGCUCUUUGGAUAACCGUGUAUAUAAUUGCUAUUGAGCUACAAUUUGGAAUUGUAUAUUUAAUGAUGUCGGCACUACUUGCAAUUUAUCUUAACACUAGGACUGGUCCUAAAAAGAACAAUGAAAUCAGUGCUUACAGCGUAUUCAAUAAAGACUGCAUCAGCAUUGAUGGAACACUUAAAGCCGAACAAUUUGAACGUGAAAUGGGUAUAAGAUAGUAUUUUAAGUUUUAAGAAUUGUAUGUGAUACAUAUAUUAGUGUAAUAUUUUCUUUUUGUAUAAAUCAAAUGUAAUAUAUACGGAUUUACUUCAAAAUAUAGGUUUAACUACUUAUAAAGUAGGUACCGUUUGAAACUUA